AUGGCGCCCGUCGACAAGUCGAAAUAUUUUUCUCUGGCAAGAGAGGGUCAAGGGAUGUUGCCUGUGUUGGACCAUGGUGGAGUGACUCAACUGCAUAGUAGGAAUGGUGGGACUGUUAUGACAUAUGUGAUGUUCUCUAUACUUGUACUUGAAGAGGAACUGAUCGGACGAGUAGCAGAGCUGGGAAGUCUAGCAUGGGAGGCGAUGUACACGAACUGGAUCCCAGUGCACACUGCCAUCUGGGCUGGAAUUACCCACUUGACCAAGAACCGCAUGCCCCGAGUCAUCAUCGUCAACUCGUUGUAG